UCCAAGCAGUUUGUAAACACGAAGAAGAAGAGGCGAGACAGGUGUAUGAACGAGAUAUGUAUUGAACAAGUUGUACAUAGACUGAAAAAUCGGGUCAGAUGAACAGGAUGGGUAAGGAUGAUGAACUAGAUUUACGGCAGAGUGUGGGAGAACUUGACCAGAGUGACAUCGGAGGCCUGUCUUUUAGGGAUUAUUUGAAGUCUGAGUUACGACGUGGCUACCUCUUAGAAAAUGACGAAGAAAGAUACACUGCCAGGAGGGAGAAGGUCUAUACCUUCUUCAAGAUCCCUAGAGAACUUGAGAAGUUCGUUGCAUACGGAUUCUUUCAGUGUGCCGACUCCUUCUUCUUCGUGUUCACCUUCUUACCCAUUAGAUUCUCCUUGGCCCUUUUUGGCCUCUUGACCCGACCAUUCAGGAAGUUGUUUGGGCUGUACUUCAACAAGAAUCGUCGCAUCCUGAAGCCAGCAGAGAUUGUGGACCUGCUGAAGGGUGUGAUGGUGCUCGUCUGCUGUUACCUGAUGGGAUAUAUUGACUCCUCUGUGUGUUACCAUAUCAUCAAGACACAGUCCACCAUCAAACUGUACCUGUUCUUCAACAUGCUAGAGAUAGCUGACAGACUCAUGUCAGCCUUUGGCCAAGACACCCUCGAUGCUCUCUUCUGGACAGCGACAGAACCCCGAGGCAAGAAGCGAGAACACUUUGGGGUUCUGUUCCACUUGAUUGUUGCAACAGCUUAUGUUGCUUUGCAUUCAACCAUUGUCCUGCUACAAGCUCUGACACUCAAUGUUGCUAUCAAUUCGGACAAUAAAGGCUUGUUGACUAUAGUUAUCUCAAACAACUUUGUAGAGCUGAAAGGAGCUGUGUUCAAGAAGUUUGACAGAAACAACCUUCUACAAAUAUCAUGCAGCGACGUGCGAGAGAGAUUCCACAUCUGCGUUCUCCUCUUGGUGGUUGUAAUCCAAACCAUGAAGGAGUACGCAUGGAAGGAAGACCGCUUUUGGAUUCUGCUGCCUGAUUGCUUACUCGUGUGCGGCACAGAAGUACUGGUGGACUGGCUGAAGCAUGCGUUCAUCACUAGGUUCAAUGACAUUGCUGCAGAUGCCUACAAGGAUUACACAGUUCUUCUGGCUUCGGAUCUCAUCAUGUGCAAACAGAAAUAUGCAUAUUCUGACCACAGCGACCUCGUGGCUCGUAGGAUGGGUUUCAUUCCUCUCCCACUCGGAGUUGUGAUGUACAGGAUCCUAAGCCAGUCUAUACGCCUCAGCAACCCUGCAUCCUAUCUUAUCCUGCUCCUUGGAUUUUUAUGCCUCUUAUCAUUCAGGGUUCUCAAUGGUGUAAUUAUUCUGGGAAAAGCUUGUCAGCUCAUAGAAAGUGCUGAGAAACGAUCGUCAGGAAGUACAUCCACAACUGAGACUACUGAUAAGAAAAAGGAAAGCGACACUUGCAUCAGUGGUGCAAAAGUCAACCAGAACAAAGAGGAGCCUCAGAAAGUGGAAGCUGCUACUAGCCCUAUCAGAGGAUGGAGCCUUCCACCUCCCCUGUCAACAGUGAGAGACAAACUCACGCCCAAGUCCCUCACCCCAACACCUGAAAUGACAACACCGGUAUCUGCUUCCAUGGGCUCAUCACCAUCAUCAACAGGUCCGCCAAGAAGUGGUUCCCUGGAUUUUCUGGGAGAGUCUAAGAAGGGUCUUAUGGCCAAUAGUAUGGUUAAUCUGUCUAGUGUAGGGAUCAAUGAAGGACCCUACACGAGUGAUGUGACACGUCAGUACUGGCUUCAGCAUUCCCUAGAGAGCAUUGUCUCUGCAGACAGCUCAGACGUUGUUGACAGCUCCUUGGAACAACAGCCUUCGUCUCAGCCUCAAACACCUUGUGUGUCUUCAGUAGCUGGUGUGGCUCCAAUACCCGAAGAUCACACAGAAAGAAUUCAGGCCUUAGAAGAGAACUCAAAGACCAGUCCUUCAAAAAAUAUGGAUGUAGAAAUACUUCCCGAAGAAGUGAGAAAGGCUAAGAGACCUCCCUUCUUGUCCUGUGAUUCCUUAAGAUACCGAGGUUCCACUGACACCGGGGACUUGUUAUGAAUUGGUAGUUAUUUUUAUUUUUGUUUAUUAUUAUUAUUGUCUGGAAAUUGGAGACUGGUACAAAUGUUUAUUCACCCUAUAGUUUGAGAUGGACCAAAAUUUCAUGGAUGCAGAACUUUAUAGAUUGAAAAGUAUAACAUUUUUUAAAAACCUGGCUGUUAUCAUGCUCUGAUCUGAGGUUCUCAUUUUGUACAUGUAAAUAGUUAAUGGUCUAAGUUCAAAGGAGCUCAGAUAGUCUUGAUAUAUAUGAAAUUAUAUUCUGCAUAAAGUUUUAAAGAGUGACUGAUUUCUAAGCAGCCUUCUUUUAUACAUCACUUACCCUCAGAAUUGAUUUUAGAAUACUGUUGCAGAUAUUAAGCCAUUUUUGCAUUUCAUCAGUUAUACAUCUUUAGAGUGCUAGCAGUGUUAUUUCAUUGAGGAACCUCUUCCAUAUUUAGGUGUAAAACAUUAUCUCUGGAAAGUGAAGUACAAGACAAGAAUUUUUGUUAUUCAUGCUAUGAAACAAAAGCCAUUUUCAAUUACAUUUUUCUUUAGUUAUACAUAUUUUCUUCAGAUAGGCAAAAAUGUAGAACUUUAUUUUUAGUAUUUGAACAGU